AUGCCUCACGCGACCGAACUCCCGGUCCCCGAGACCGAAGAUUCAGCGUUCGACAAUGUGAUGCGACAGAUGAACGGUCCCUUCGGGGAGGGCGGCAUGUCCUUUGAAUUCCUGACGCGCGACCUGGAACCCGGCGAGAAGGCCGACGACGCCGUCGACUACGAAGAUUUCGACGACGAUGAGCUUCCUGAGGAGGAAGAGCGCGCGGCGCCGCGGCCCGCUGCCGACAGCGGGAUGAUGGAUCUCGCCGAGGACGACGCCUACAAGGAUCUGUUCGGAGCAGAAGACGAGGAUCUUUUCGGCGGUGGUGGUGGCGGCGAUGAUGAUCAGGAUAUGGGCGAUGCCGGCAGGGAGGAUGGGAACGAUGCAACACAGCAAGCGCCCGGCGAUGAGCUGGAUGAUCUCUUCGGCGAGGGCCCGUCCUCCCCAGGCGCGGACCACGCGGAUCCGACCCGCGACCUGUUCUUCGAUGAGGAAGAGGAGACGGCGGGUGAACCACGGCCUGUGAAGGAGGCGGCAGCUAUCGCGGAGCCGGCAAUGGAGGAACCGGCUCCCUUGUCGCAGGAGCCGGCGCCGAUGGAUGAGGAUGACGUGGAUCUGCUGCAGGAGGAUGAGCCGUUGAGUCCCACGGCGGAGGAUAUGGAUCCCGCGUCCCUGCGCGCCUGGAAGCUCCAGCAGCAGCUGUUUGCGAUGUCAGCUUACGGCCCGGAUAACCCGCCUGCGCCGCCCGAGAACGUCGAGGAGCUGCUGCACUCGCUGUUCCCUACUUUCGAUCGCAAUGCUCUUCCCCGGUUCCUGGAGCUCAUCCCGCAUAAGAAGGCUUUCUUCGUGGGCAAGCAGCCUCUCAAGCCUCCCAAACCUGUGAUCCCGAGUAAGGUGAAUAUUGAACUGGCACAGGACCAGGAACGAGUUUUCAAGGCCGCGGGUCAGGUGUUUAAGCGCGCACAUGAAGCAGAACACUCGGGCUUGGUGACCAUCACGGAGGCCGCUCAAGAGGACGAAGAAGAGAGCAGGGAAGAUUCCGAGCACGAUACCGACACGGACGAUGCUUUGCCCGGGGGUAUCUCUCUGCAUGAUCUGCAAAUCGUUUGUGCGGACUGGGACGUCAAGGACGAUAUUUCCAUCAUGGAGGUUGAUGAGCCUGAAGACCAAGAGCUGGACCCGAUGGAGGAUGAUUGGCUUCUCGACACGAAUCGUCCUGCGAAGAAACGCAAACUGGGCCGAGAUCCCUUGGAGGUGGUUGCACUUGCUCACAUCGAUGUGCCGAUUGUCGAUGAUCCGGAGCAAGCGACCUCGCGGAUCGCCCAGAAAGUGGUUGUCGACAUGAAUGACCCUCACAUCCUUCUCGAUGAGCGAGGACCAGAUACCGUCACGCAGAAACCGAAGGCGCUGGGAGCUAUCAACCGCGAUGAACUCGACGCGAGCGUCACCAAGCGUCUCACGUCGCGCUACAAUGUCUCCAACGAUCAGGCUUAUGACAUGCUCAAGCAGAACCACCAGAAUAAGGUCCGAAGCACUCUCGGUAAUGUCACUCUGGAGCAUAGUAUGCCUGCUCUACGUCUGCAGUGGCCCUACUAUAAGACGGAGCUGGCCAAGGCCGAGGCUCGCUCGUUUCAUCGCCCAGCACUGGCUUUUAGACCUGGUCAAACAUGUUGGUUCAAAAACACCGCUCACAUCAAGCGCAAGCACCAAAGGGGCAAAGACGCCAAGACCCUUUUCGAUUCCACGAAGUCGCUAUCUCUGGCUGAUAACUCGAACAUCCUGCUGGUCGAAUACUCCGAAGAAGUGCCUAUCAUGCUGUCCAACUUCGGUAUGUCCAACCGUUUCAUCAAUUACUACCGCAGGAAGAGUUUGGAAGACCCUACGCGCCCGAAGGCGGAGAUCGGCGAGACGGUUGUCCUCCUCCCUCAAGACAAGAGUCCGUUCUCGAUUUUCGGUCACGUCGACCCGGGCGAGAUAACACCUGCAAUCUCCAACUCCAUGUAUCGAGCACCGCUGUUCCAGCACCAGGCCAAGUCGACCGACUUCCUGAUUGUGCGCAGCACCACGGGCUCGGGCGGUAGCGACUACUAUAUUCGGAACAUCGAGAAUUUGUAUGUGGCUGGUCAGCAGUUCCCUUCGGUGGACGUCCCGGGCCCCCACUCACGGAAGGUCACAACGGUGGCGAAGAACCGCAUGAAGAUGCUCGUGUAUCGUCUGUUGAAGAAGAGUCCCGACCUUCGCCUCUCUAUCAGUGACGUUACUGCACACAUUCCGGGCACCAGUGAUAUGCAGAACCGCCAGAAGGUGAAGGACUUCCUUCAGCACGACAAGGACUCAAAGUACUGGGUGCCCAUGGAGCCUGUGCCCGAGCAGGAUGUCAUCCGAUCUUGGGUGCAACCGGAGGAUGUAUGUCUCUUGGAGUCCAUGCAAGUCGGCCAACAGCAUCUGCACGACACAGGUUUCGGCAACGAUGCCGAGACCGGCGGUGAUGAUGAUGACGACGGAGAAGGCGAGAGCUUCGAACAGCAAAUGGCACCUUGGAAAGCCACACGCAACUUCCUCCUGGCUUCUCAGGGCAAAGCGAUGCUCAAAUUGCACGGUGAAGGUGAUCCCACUGGUCGUGGAGAGGGUUUCAGUUUUAUCAAGACAUCCAUGAAGGGUGGAUUCAAGGCUGUCGGCGAGAGUGUUGAGGACAAGCUCGAUGCGCAAAGACUCAAAGAACUGGGCGGUCACAGCUACAACGUUGCUCGGCAGCAGAAGUCUUAUGAAACCUCUAUUCGCCGCAUCUGGGAUGCGCAGAAGGCCAGUCUGUCGUCGACUGUCGAACAUUCCGACGAUGAGAGCGACAUCGACCGCGAUGACGAACAGGAGUUCAGCAAGCCGACGCCUAGGUCUGAGGCGCCUACACCGGCACCAUACCGGCGUGACGAUGAGACGACCAGUCAAUUUAGUCGGAUGAGCUUACCAGACCAGAAAGGAAAAGUUCUGCGUAUCAUCCGGACACACCGGGACGAGAAAGGUGAAAUUUAUGAGAAGGAGACUAUGGUGUUUGACCCCAAGGUCAUUCGGCACUAUAUUCAACACCGUCACCGUGUUGAAGCUCUGAGCACCAAACUUGAUUCCCUUCAGCCCACGGGCGAUCCGGAAAUAGACGCCCGCAACAAGAAACUUCUCGAAGCCGAACUGAGCCGCCUCAACCGCAACAAGGAACGUCGCUUCGCCCGCGAGAAGCAAAAGGGAGCUGCCCGAGCGUCCGCCGGAGACUCACCAGCCGACGGUGGCGGUGGAUCCAGCAAGUCCGCGGGCACACAACGGAAAUGCGCCAACUGUGGCCAGGUCGGUCAUAUCAAGACCAACAAAAAGUGCGUUCUUAAUCAGGGUCACUCCCUUCUCCCCCCGAUCAAUUUCCAGUCUUCUUUCUUUACUGCCUCUUCCACAACCCUCUUUGCUCCCUGGUCGGCUUCUCCUUCGCCUCGUUCGUCCAUGUCCCCUCAGGCUCCCACAGCCGCAACAACUGUAGGAGGCGAUGGACGACGACGCAUGGCAACCCCCUUGAAAGGCAUCCUAAAGAAACCCACCACCCCUGGGCUAGACUUUGGGCUUGGAUUUGGCUCUGGCUCUGACGCUCGACCCUCCCCUUCCCGGACACCCCAUUAG